GAGGUGAGGUGCGCCAUCUUGGUUUGAGGCGGCUGAGGGCAGUUAUAGACUCGUUUAGGUUGGUAAAACACCUUUAAGAGCAUCAACUCCAACCGUUAAAGGAGGAACCUAGCCCUGCCGGCGGGAGGAAGGUUGGAUAUCGCAGCCGGGAGCAGCGAGGGAGCCUGGCCGGGCUGGGAAGGGGCUAGACGCCAUCCCUCCUCAGGAAUGGGGGGGAGAGCCCGUGCACGGCCUUCCUGCUCCACCGCCAAGGCCUUGGCCAGAACCAGUUCGAGACAGAACCGUGGAAUUAAAAGUAAGCCGUGUUUUAUCCUGCAAGUCUUCUGUUAAUAAGAGUUGAAACAGAGGAAAGUAGGUCUUCCUGCUCCGCUGUGAUUUUUGAGGACGAGAGGAGCAAUGCUGACGAACGCUGGCUGGCGAAGCUGCCUCUCAGACUGCUAGUAUCAGGGCAGAACCAGGAACUGCUGCAGCGGCAAGGUGCCUGGGAGGCUGCUCUGGCCCCGGCUGCUGCGGGCGUGCCCAGGCGGUUCCGGGCACCUCCAAGGAUGGGGACCUUACUGGGAACCCCAACCCAGGCUGCGACCACCCUUCAGUAAAAUUCCCCUUCCGUAAAGGCGCCUCCCUGAGCCUUCUCAUUAAUAUGUGUGUUGGUAACACAGAUAGAAGCAGUAUAAUUAGCAUUUAACAAAAUGAAAACAUUUAACAUUUUUAUUAGCACCUUAUUUUAAGAAAACUUAAUGCCUUCUGCAACUCAGAAAACAUCCUUGAGCCUUUUAUAGCAGCUAGUUUAAAACAAUCUCUCUAAACACGAGAGCAAGAAAAACUGCCUCCUCCUGUUGUGCUAUAAUGCCGCAUGACUUUGACCAACAUUGGCUUCAGGAAUUUAUUACUGUAGGACAACUGGAGAAUCUCCGUUCUCCCAGCUGAAAGUAAUUCACAUGCUAAAUGGGCUGCUGUUACAGACAGGCAUCUGUUCUUCUUGGAUGGCAGGGUACCCGUCCUCGCUUGCCAGCCGUCACGUGGCUGUGUGUCAUCUGCAGAUCUCUGCACAGCUACAGCCAUAGACCUCCGCAUUGCUCUCGCCAUCAAAAAUACACCAACACACUAACAACGUUUAUCCGUACUUUUAUAUUCCACAGUUGAACUGAAAUCGCUUCCUAAUUCAACAGCACUACAAAUUUGGAGCUGCUUUGUCUUUAGGGAACUGGUGGUACGGAACGUAUCUGAUACCGAGUCCCCGUAUAGGUAAUGAGUUAUGUGCCAACAUAUAGUAAAGCGAGUUGUGAGCUAAUUUCACUAUUUUAAUUACUUCUGGCCAAGAGAAAAUGAUCUCUCCAGUUUCAACUGCAGAACCGAUUUUCCCUUCCUCUCCUGAACAGCUGUGAUGUAUUGAUGUACACUGUUAAACAGCCGAUAGGAAAAACACCACCACCACCGAACCGCCGUUAGCAUCAGCAUCUUUGAUGAUGUGUGAAAGCAAAAUGGCAGGAAACAGCCUUGUUCUGCCCAUCGUCCUGUGGGGCCGUAAAGCCCCCACGCACUGCAUAUCCACCCUGCUGCUCAUGGAGGACGCGUCCAUGAUCGUCACGGGGUGCCACGACGGCCAGAUAUGCCUCUGGGACCUUUCUUUGGAUUUAGAGAUUAAUCCCAGAGCUCUGUUGUUUGGUCAUACAGCCUCAAUUACUUGUCUAUCAAAGGCCUCUGCUUCCAGUGAAAAGCAGUAUAUAGUGAGCGCGUCAGAAAGCGGGGAGAUGUGUCUGUGGGAUGUGAACGACGGGAGAUGCAUAGAGUUCACUAAACUCGCCUGUACACAUACUGGCAUACAGUUCUAUCAGUUUACAGUUGGGACGCAGCGUGAAGGGAGACUGUUGUGCCAUGGCCAUUAUCCAGAAAUUCUUGUUGUGGAUGCUACCAGCCUGGAAGUUCUUUAUUCUUUAUUAUCAAAGAUAUCUCCUGACUGGAUCAGCUCCAUGACUAUCAUUCGAUCCAAUAGAACACAAGAGGACACUGUCGUAGCCGUUUCGGUGACUGGCAUCCUGAAAGUCUGGAUAAUAACCUCUGAAGUCAGUCGGAUGCAGGAUACAACACCAGUAUUUGAAGAGGAGUCAAAACCCAUUUAUUGUCAAAACUGUCAAAGCAUUUCGUUCUGUGCGUUCACCCAGUGGUCGCUGUUGGUGGUGUGCUCCAAAUACUGGAGGGUUUUUGAUGCUGGGGAUUAUUCCCUCUUAUGUUCAGUCCCGAGUGAAAAUGAUCAGACCUGGACUGGUGGUGACUUUGUGUCAGCUGAUAAAGUGAUUGUAUGGACAGAAGAUGGACAAAGUUUCAUAUAUAAGUUACCAGCCAGCUGCCUACCAGCUAGUGAUUCAUUUCGCAGAGAUGUGGGGAAAGCAGUAGAAAAUUUAAUUCCACCCUUACUGUACAGUGUGUUGGACAGAGCAGAUAAACAGCUACUAAUAUGCCCUCCAGUUACUCGAUUCUUCUGUGGACGUAGGGACUCUUGCUAUAAGCUGCUAAUCCAAGGAGACUCUUCAGGGAGGCUGUGUAUCUGGAGCGUGCCUGAUACUCUUGAACAAGACGGUGUAAAAGGACUGCAAACAACAACUUCAGUAUCCCUCCAGGAAGCUUUUGAUAAACUGACUCCUCGCCCUGCUGGGAUUAUAGACCAACUAAGCUUAAUACCCAACAUCAGCGAACCCCUCAAAGUUACAGCCAGCGUGUACAUCCCAGCACACGGGCGCUUGGUUUGCGGCCGUGAAGACGGAAGCAUUGUUAUCGUGCCAGCAACGCAAACCGCGAUAGUUCAGCUGCUGCAGGGAGAGCACAUGCUUAGGAGAGGUUGGCCACCUCACCGGACUCUCCGAGGCCAUCGAAACAAAAUUACAUGUUUACUGUAUCCUCAUCAGGUUUCUUCUCGUUAUGAUCAAAGGUAUUUGAUCUCAGGUGGUGUGGAUUUCUCAGUCAUCAUAUGGGAUAUAUUUUCUGGAGACAUGAAACAUAUCUUCUGUGUACAUGGUGGAGAAAUUACACAGCUUCUAGUUCCACCAGAAAACUGUAGUGCAAGAGUCCAGCACUGUGUUUGCUCUGUUGCCAGUGAUCACUCAGUGGGUCUUCUGAGUCUGCGGGAGAAAAAAUGCAUCAUGCUGGCAUCCCGUCACCUUUUCCCUAUUCAAGUAAUAAAGUGGAGGCCUUCCGAUGACUAUCUGGUGGUAGGAUGUUCCGACGGGUCUGUGUACGUCUGGCAAAUGGAUACUGGUGCGCUGGACAGGUGUGUGAUGGGAAUAACAGCGGUGGAAAUCCUGAACGCCUGUGACGAGGCAGUCCCAGCGGCUGUGGACUCCCUGAGCCAUCCCGCCGUCAACCUGAAGCAGGCCAUGACCAGGCGUAGCCUGGCUGCUCUCAAAAACGUGGCGCAUCAGAAGCUACAGACCCUUGCCACUAACCUGCUCGCCUCCGAAGCGUCUGACAAGGGGAAUUUACCUAAAUAUUCACAUAACUCCCUGAUGGUUCAAGCUAUAAAGACUAACUUAACAGAUCCAGAUAUACACGUGCUCUUCUUUGAUGUAGAAGCCCUGAUUAUUCAGCUGCUGACGGAGGAGGCCUCCAGACCCAACACUGCUCUCAUUUCCCCGGAGAAUUUACAGAAAGCCUCUGGCGGGUCCGACAAAGGAGGCUCCUUCUUGACUGGUAGACGAGCAGCCGUCCUCUUCCAGCAGGUCAAGGAAACAAUCAAAGAGAAUAUAAAAGAGCAUCUUCUCGAUGAUGAAGAUGAGGAUGACGAAUCGAUAAGACAGAGAAGAGAAGACAGUGACCCAGAAUAUCGCUCUAGCAAAUCUAAGCCAUUAACUUUAUUAGAAUAUAACCUAACCAUGGAUACAGCAAAGCUUUUUAUGUCCUGUCUUCAUGCCUGGGGCCUGAAUUCUGUUCUAGAUGAGCUUUGCCUUGAUCGUCUUGGGAUGCUUAAGCCGCACUGUUCGGUGUCCUUUGGCCUCCUGUCUAGAGGCGGCCACAUGUCCCUGAUGCUCCCUGGCUAUAAUCAGCCUGUAGGCAAACCGUCAUACGAUGGUCUGGAGUUAGGAAGGAAAAUGUCCAUUACAGAAGGACUGGGGAAGGGGACGUACGGCGUAUCACGUGCCGUCACCACUCAGCACCUCCUCUCUGUUAUCUCGCUGGCCAACACGCUGAUGAGCAUGACCAAUGCAACUUUUAUCGGAGACCACAUGAAGAAGGGUCCGACCAGGCCGCCUAGGCCAGGCACUCCUGAGAUGUCAAAAGUGAAGACAGCCCCUUCAACUUCAAGUCAUGCAGCCCAAGGACAAAUUAAGCAAGGGUGGAGCCAGCUGGCCGCUAUGCACUGCGUAAUGCUCCCUGACCUGCUGGGGCUGGAUAAAUUCAGACCUCCUCUUCUGGAGAUGCUGGCUCGCCGGUGGCAGGAUCGAUGCUUGGAGGUAAGAGAAGCUGCCCAGGCCUUGUUGCUGGCAGAACUCAGAAGAAUCGAGCAGGCAGGUCGGAAAGAAACCAUUGAUGCGUGGGCUCCUUAUUUACCGCAGUACAUCGACAGUGUUAUAUCCCCUGGAGUAACCACGGAAGCCAUUCAGACUGGCAGUGCGAGCCCAGAUUCCUUGGGAACGGAAGCAAAAAUUCAGGAAGAGGAGCAUGAUCUGGUUGAUGACGACAUCGCAGCAGGUUGCCUGUCUGGUCUCCCGCAAAUGAAGAAAAUCUCUACGUCCUACGAAGAGAGACGGAAGCAAGCCACGGCCAUCGUCCUGCUGGGGGUGAUCGGGGCAGAAUUUGGAGCUGAAAUCGAACCUCCAAAACUUCUCACUCGGCCACGUAGUUCCAGUCAGAUUCCCGAGGGAUUUGGGUUGACUAGCGGCGGAUCAAAUUAUUCCUUGGCAAGGCACACGUGCAAGGCGCUGACGUUUCUGCUGCUGCAACCGCCCAGCCCCAAGCUGCCCGCGCACAGCACCAUCCGUAGAACCGCCAUCGACCUCAUCGGCCGCGGCUUUACCGUCUGGGAGCCCUACAUGGACGUCUCCGCCGUGCUGAUGGGCCUUCUGGAGCUCUGCGCUGACGCCGAGAAACAGCUUGCUAACAUCACAAUGGGGCUGCCCCUGCGCCCGCCCGCCGACUCUGCCCGCUCGGCGCGGCACGCUCUCUCCCUCAUCGCCACCGCCAGACCACCCGCCUUCAUCACCACCAUCGCCAAGGAGGUGCACAGACACACUGCCCUCGCAGCCAACACGCAGUCGCAGCAGAACAUUCACACCACCGCUCUGGCUCGGGCCAAGGGAGAGAUCUUGAGAGUCAUUGAGAUACUUAUUGAGAAGAUGCCUACCGACGUUGUGGACCUUCUCGUGGAGGUUAUGGACAUCAUCAUGUAUUGCCUUGAAGGAUCUUUAGUGAAGAAAAAGGGUCUUCAGGAAUGCUUUCCAGCUAUCUGCAGGUUCUACAUGGUCAGCUAUUACGAGCGGAGUCACAGAAUAGCAGUGGGAGCUCGCCAUGGUUCAGUGGCCCUCUACGACAUCCGGACCGGGAAAUGUCAGGUGGUCUGUGUAGUGCAUGGUACAUGCCGGUGAGAUUUACAGCCCAGAAGCUUACAUAUCUGUUUGCUGUUUUAAAAUAACCUAAAAAACAAAAUUAAGAAGCAAGGAAUGAAGACCAUUAGGAAUGUUUAACACAAACUGCCGUGAGGUUUAAUCUUCCCUCUGGCGGGAAUGUAGCGUAUAGCGGAGAGCUCUCCAGUAGAGUAUCGGGGUCUCUUCUGAGGGAGCUACCGCAGCGUGCACGUGCGCGGCGUUUGUACAGGUAUAGGCGCAACCUUGGGGAGGAAAAGGAAAACAGCAGGGGGAUGGCUGCCGGAGAGCUGCCGUCCGGAGAGCGGAACGCCGGCAUUGUCAGGGUAGGUGCAGAGGAGAGCGCUGAGGUGCCCCGUAAGCCUUCUCCCACCGGCACCCCAGCCGCUAGGUUACGGUAGAUAUCACAUGUAUAUAUACAUAUGUAUAUGUGUUUACUUUCAAAACAAAACGCGGCCCCGUAGGAACGCGGACUGUGCCCCUGCAGUGAUUUCCCGUGCGGUAUAGUGAACCACCAUCCUGAAUUAUAUUCUAUGCAUUAAAGUGUUUGUUUUAAGCUGGAAGCGUAUCGGGUUUUCUCAAGCGCGGAAGAGCACUGGGCACUCUCCUGGCAGCCCUGGGCAGGGGCUCCCGUAGCGAGGGCUUGGUUUGCUGCCCAGCUGCCAACCCCCAAAACGUCUCCACCCGGCGCUGGGCAAGGGGCCAGCAUGGGCUCGUGGCAUCCCUGCCCGGCUGGCCGGUGCCUGUGUGCUGGUUAAACCCAGCCUGGUGACCCCGUUAAGCCCAGCCUGAGCUUCCGCCCCGCCUGGCGCGCUCGGCACUGCAGUGAAAUGUGUGUUGUCAUUCCGGCGUGAGCUUGUAGCACUUUAUUGAUUUGUUAGUGCUGUAUGUGGACUUGUCCUUGUAAACGUAGAGACGUAUGUGGCUUCGCUGGCAGUUUACAAGCAGAAGAUGACACGAUGAGACGCCUGUAUGGAAACGUUGUGAUGAUGGAAGCCACCGCCUGCGGUGAAUGGUUCAAGCGUCUGCCUCUCCAGCAACUUCCUGACGAAUCCGCUCCCCGCCCUCCGUGUGUACGAAACUUCCCGGUGUAAAUAUGCUUGUGAAAUAAAACUGGAUUGUAUUGAAGAGCCCUGGUUUCCUGGCGUCAGCCCGAGGGUGCGGAAGUGAUUCCCCGUUGCU